AUGUACAAAUACAAAAAGAAACACACUCUUACUAUUAACAAAAAUACAACACAUCCACAAGGCCUCAUCGUUGUCGCCGCCCUCGUGGCUAUGGCUGUCGCCCGCCCUGAAGAUACUCCUGGGUAUGGGUACUCUGCCCCAGCAUCUGGUUCUUCGCCCGCCCAGUACGACUUUAACUACGCUGUCAAGGACGACUACUCCAGUAACGACUUCGGUCACCAGGAAGACCGCGAUGGUUACGAUACCCGUGGUUCCUACUACGUCCUCCUUCCCGACGGUCGUCUGCAGAAGGUCACCUACUCCGUGAACUCCUUUACAAAACAUCUAGCGAAAGAAAUUAAGGACCAAGUCAAGCUGGACCCUUUGGAGACCUUAGCAUACUAA